UACGCUCGACACGAGGAAAGGCAUCGUGCCUACCGUCUUAUCUAAUUUAAUGUUAUUUUAUAAUGUUGUGUUUUCCAAUGACGGCAUUUAAUGCAACAAAGCCCUCCAUAGUUGCGGAAUUGCCGUUGCUAGGCAACCACAGAACACGCUUACAUCAGGUUGUAAAACGGUUUCCGUUGUCUUAGAAUAUUUAUUUUAUUUUUUUCAUAAAUAGUUGUAUGUGUAGAUAAAAAAAAUGAUGGAAAAAAACUAGUUGGUGCCAAUGAUUAUUUAUCAACCAGCAGUGUAACUGAAAGCAUGCCAUGUACUUCACCCCAUGAUGCAUAUAUUGUACCUUUACUCCACUAUUCAACAGACCGGUUUCGGUACCAUACUAAUUAUGGUAUAUUAUUAUGGGUUAAGCUACACUGUACCAUAUACAGUAAUUCAAAUCAACAUAAAGCUCCAGCCAUGGCAUUUGAUAGUCAAGCAACUCACCCCUGCGCAGAGUAAGCUGCACCAAGGAUGUGGUUUUGUGGCUCACUUAUCCAAAUAGGUCAUUCUUUAGUGACUCAUACACCAUUGGAACUAUGGUUAAAUUUAUUGCCAGACCUAAAGAACUGUGGUUUUAUGGUAAACAAAAAAAAAGAUUCUAAAGGGUGUGGACUUCCUUUAAAGGUUUCACUUGAACACAUUCAGGCUCAGACUCCGUAUCAGACAUGUCACCCCUUUCACCAUCGAACAUCACCCAGAUGGAGAGCGCAAAGGGGGCGAAUGCAGUGAUCUACACGUUGUUGGAGUUGCUGAUUGCCGUUAGCUGCUGUCUUGGUAAUGCACUGGUCAUUUUGGCGCUGUGGACCAGUAAAAGCCUUCACCAGCCCACCUUCUGCCUCAUCGUCUGUCUGGCCGUGACCGACUUUCUGGUCGGCCUCGUGGCCAUACCGUUGGCGGUGUUCGUGGACAGCAAAGUAAAGACUUCAUUCCACGUCUGUCUCUUCCUCUGCUGUGUGACCAUCCUGUUGACCCUGGUCUCAGUUUUGUGUCUCAUGGCUAUCGCAGUGGACCGCUUCCUCCGGGUGUAUAUACCUCUCAGGUACAAAAGGACAAUAACGCAGAGACACUCUUGCCUUGUGGUAGCAGCGUGUUGGCUGCUGGCAAUACCCCUGAGUUUCGCUCCCAUGCUUGGAUGGAACCAAAAUGGCACCAUGUCAGUCAACCCGACUAUUGAAUGCAAGUUUAUAGAAGUGGUGCCCCUGUCGUACCUGGUUUACAUGAGCUUCUUUCUCUGCAACCUGAUACCGCUGUCGGUGAUGACUGUAUUGUACGGCUACAUCUUCUGCACCAUCCGAGGAAACCUUCGAGAGAAACCAGGCGAGAGACCCCAAAAUACGUCUCAGAACUACCUGAAGAAAGAGAAACUGCUGGCGGGGUCUCUGUCUCUGGUCUUGUUUCUGUUUGCCCUGUCCUGGCUUCCUCUCCACAUUAUGAACACCAUUGAUUACUUUAGUGGCAAACAUGCUGUACACGAAAUAGCUAUCUACGUUGGCAUCCUGCUGGUGCACGCUAAUUCGGCUGUAAACCCAGUCGUGUAUGCGUUCAAAAUAAAAAAGAUCAAGACAGCGUACAUAGAGCUCUGGAGAAAGUACAUCGCGUGUCGAGGAGAAAACCAAGGGACUCAGACAAGCCAGUCGACAGACAACAAUCUCAGCAACGAGUGAAGGAAGAUUCCUUCAUUCGUUUUAAAUUACGGCGUAUUGAUGAAUACAAAGCUUGUCCAUUUUAUCUAUACUCAGCUUUGCUUUUUUUCUGAAGAUGUAUUUUGUGUCUUUACUUUUUUGUGAGUUUUUACUUUCUCUCUGCUGUGAACAAAUAAUAUUUGUUCCACUGUCUUUAAUCAAAAGUGGACUAAACUCUCUCAAUACUGUACUCUUACUGUUGUGCUGGACGCACACGAUAAACAACGUUUUCAUGUGAUUGAGUUAAACUGCAAACAAGUGUACUUCCCGUAAUGUUUUGUAUUUGUAACAGGAAGUGAAACUCAUCUGGAAAAUUUAUUGGAAUAAAAUACUUUGUGGUUUGAA